AUGCCAGACGAAUAUUUCGCUGUUAUCCUUGAAUUCAACUCGUGUGAAAUCAAGCUAGGUUUUGCAGGAGAGGCGUCAGAGCAUGUACGAUUGACCCUGAGAAGCCCGAUAUGGAAAAAUUUGGUACCACCAAUUACCUCCAGUUUGUCCCUGCCGAGUUUCUUGCAAAUUGAUUCACAUGCUAUUCCAAACAACUUGAGAACUGAGAUUCUACGAGAGCUCUCCGAAUCAAAGACAUAUUCGAAUAUGCUCCAGGCAUACAACAAGGAUCAGAGAGACCUGAAAUGGUUCGCUUGGGGACUGGACAAUUUCCACACAUUAGCCACGAUUGUCAAGGUUUUACUACAUACGCGACUUCUUGUCUCUCCUUUAUUGACGAAACUUUUCGUAAUUGACCGUUCGAUGUCUGCAUUGGAAAAGUCAACAUUCUGCAAGAAGUUUUUGAUGAUGAGAACGACAGCGUCCGUCACUUUUUUGCCAUACUCUCCCUGUUGCUGUGUGGGAGCAGGCGUAGAAAAUGCAUUGGUGGUUUCAUUGGAGUGGGAAUCUUGCAAAGUUGUUCCUGUUGUUGAUUUGAGGAGUUUGCCCGCGAAAGAGUAUAUUCAGUUUUCAGGCGAAGCGACUCAUUAUUCGCCUCUAAUUCCUCACGAUGCAAAAAGCUUCGAGGACAUAGAAAUAGAAAUUCAGACGAAUGAAAAGAUCCUUGAAGCAGCGUUUUUUUCUGAAAACAGUUUGCCGAAGGCAAUAGCAGCCUUAAUUCAGACUUUAGAAUUGGACUGCCGUGCGUGCGUAGUGGCGAACAUCAUAUUCACAGGGUUGAGGUCAGAUAUUCCCGGAAUGAAAGGAAGGUUUCUAUCAGAGGCCUCUACCUUCUUCCCAAAAUGCAACGUUGCAGGCAAGAUAAGUCUUGGAGCAUGGUCUGGAGCAUCUCUUUACUGUUCUACAACGCUACUAAACGAGGAAAGUUCCAAGUGGAAGCAUAUGGAAAUUAGUAGGGUUAAUUUCGAGAAAACAGCAUCAGCUGCGCUCGAGGCAUAUUAUUCCUAG